AUGGACAUCUACGGACUGUUAAAGUACCACGAAAUCAAUGGGUUGGGAGGUAUUGAUCACAAAGACAUUGCCAAAUGCGUGAAAGAUGCAGACAAAGUGGUGAAAAGUCUUGGAGACACUGUGUUGGCUCACACGAACAAAAGGACAAAGAAGAGAGUCAUUUACUUCAAUGAUGCACGAUUCGACCUCAGAGUUGGCACUGAUUUGGUGGAGAUGUGGAGGUCGGUUUGUGUGGAGGGGGUGAGCAGGAACCAAGUACAAGACUACCUGACAAAGCAUGGCCUAACUAAGAUGUCAGGAGAUGAACCAAAUAGACCUCGGUGUGAGGAGGUGAAGAAGUGCAAGCUUCCCAACAGACGGCCCAGACGACAGGUCGAUUUUAAAUCCAAAUCCCACGUCAAUGAUACUCUCUUUCACGUCCCCUGA